AUUGUUCUCUCUCUAGGGAAACGAGACCAAAGGAGCAGAUGCCGCAAGGCUUUCCUGGUUUCUUCUCCACCCUGCUGUUCCGUCAGAUUCGAUUUUGCGCCCCUGUGGAAUACUGAGAUGUGCGCAUGUCUGAAACUCUGAAUGAGAUAGCUUGGGAGUGAUCGGGGCACGCUCUCUUGUUGUGUGAUUGUGUUCCUGUGUUCUCCAUUCUGGUGGUAACUAAACACGGCAGCGAGCAUGGUGGAGCUGAUCGGAGGAGGAGCCUUGAAGAAAGAGCCGGAAGAGGCCGUGGUCGAAAUAGACAGCGAAGAGGAGGAAGCCGGGAAGGUGGUGAAGAGGCGGAGGAGGAGGAAGAAGAAGGCCUGCGAUCCGCACCAGAAGCGGGCAUGCGUGGACUGCACGAAGAGGUGUGCCCGGAUCCAUGGUCGUGCUGCUUCGUCCUCCCCGUCGCCGUCUUCCAGCAAGGCGCGGCCGCUCCCGGCGGUGCCGUCCUUCUUCAAGGUCAUGAUGGGCUACUUCUCCGACGACAUGGAUAUACCACCCCCAUUUGCCAGGACAAUCUUGGACCUUGCAGGCUCCAACAUUUAUCUCGAAGACGCAUUCGGCUUCCGCUGGCGCGUGCGGCUGUGCUUGAGCGACGGCGUCUUGUCGUUCGGGCAUGGAUGGAAGAACUUCGUGCUGGACCAUGCCGUCAGCUGCGGCGAGUUCCUGGUGUUCAGGCAGAUCGCCAGGUCGGUCUUCACCGUGCAGAUGUUUGCCCCGUCGGCUGUUGAAAGGCUGUUCCUCUGCGAGAGGAACAAAAGGCAGAGCCGGAAGAGGAAGCCCAGGCAGAAAGCAAGCUCUCCCAGUAUCCAAACGGUGAAGACAAGCAAGAAUAGUGUGGAGAACCGCAAGAAGAAACAACGUACUGAUCACCACAGUGACCUGGGCCCCAAAGACUGUCAGAUGCCAGAUCACGUUUGCCUUGACGAUUCUGAUGUUCCCAAUUCUGCAUCUGAACCAAAAUGUUCAGAAACAUCAGGGGGAUUGCCAGAGGUAGGAGUUGCAGAACCACAAGAAGAUUCUGAGGCCCCUACAAGACACGAGCGUGAAGGUCAGGAGGUGUUAGAUGGAGAGGCAGAAAUAGCAGACGACUGCACGAUCUUUGAAGAAAAAGAAAGCGAAUGCAAUGCCAGAGUUACAGAGCACCUGGUUUCUGAUGCUACUGAAAUUGAGCUGGGCGAGGGCUUGAAUCUGCCGACGAAUGCUGAUGUUAUUGGACCUCUGGCUAUGAUGGAUCUUAAUGAAGAGAAUAUAGACGAUAUAUUUUUGUCAGCUGACAUAUAUGAAUUUGGAACUGAUGUGUGUAAUCCAGAAGCAUUUUCUGUUGAUCUGAAUAUGGAAGGGCCUAUCACUACUGCCCAAACUUCAGGUUUCAGUUGUCUUGAGGAUGCUUCACAGAAUCACCAUUCUUCCAUGGGUGUUGGUCAGAGUUAUGUGAUGCCAGCAGAAACAUUAUCAUGUAGCGAAAAUAAAGAGAUGACCGAUGCGCUAGAAACAGGAUCAGGAUAUGCUUGUGUUGCAGUUCAUGACAUUGAUAUCAACGAGUUGCCUGCUACUGAGCCAUCACCAUUUGCAGAAAACUCUUCUCCUCCAGCUGAUAUAGAGGUGCAUUCCGGUGAAUUUGCAUUAAGCGGUUGUAACCAAGGUGAACAAAACGAAGGAUUUGUUCGUGCACAAACUUCAGUGAAGAAAGAUAAACAGCAAGAUGGUCAAGGUGAUAGGCAAGCUAGCACAGGGCAGAAUACUGCUGAAGUCAUAUCAAGUGGCAUAAUGCUUCAUGAACAUCCUCAUCUCAGUCAAAAUCUUCAUCAAACUGAUAAAUCUGAAGGCCUGCAAAGUGAAAUCUUCGAAUCAGGUGGCGUUCUUGCACUUGCUGCUGCUUGCAGCAAGUUCUGCAUCGCCGUGCCUGCGCCUGGUCAAACAUGGCUUGAGCUUCCCAAUCGACUACCGGUUAUACCAAGAACGAAGAAACAGGGAAGGAAGGUUGUGAUACUCAAGGACCCAUGCAUGAGACUCUGGCCCGUGCUGUACCAAUGCACCCCAAGGUUCAGUGGCUUCAUCACUGGCUGGGUUGACAUCUGCAGGGAGAACAACCUGCAGGAAGGAGACACCUGCGAGUUCGAGCUCAGCGGUAACUCUGAACUGUCAUUCCAAGUGGUGCUGCGCAGUUUGCAGUAACCAUUUUUACCCAUGAAGUUGAUCGUGUCUGCCAUAUUCCAUGCCCAGGAAAGCAUUCCAGUAGUUUUCUUGUGAUCUUGACCGAUCUGUUCCUUCAUCGUGUAAGAAGAGACCACGUCAACUUCUGUCAAUAUGAAAAUUCUGCUACUUUCUAGUUGACAUUUCCCAUGUUCAGCUAAGAUCUGUAUGAUUCCUACAUGAUAUGGAACCAGUGUUGCCACCAA